AUGACGGCUUUGGCGUUGUCGCUAGCGCUACUGACUCUCUGUCUGAGAAGUUAUGCACUGCGCAGCGUGCAACACGUCUUACCACCUCCAGUCGAUAGCGGCAAUAUCGAUCAAGCGUUGCCCCCAGACAUUAUACGGAACAUACAGUCAAUUGUCGACGCGCAUGAAGUUCCAGGACUAUCCGUCGCUUUCGUACAGCCAGGUGGAGCGGUCGAGUAUGGAAGUUGGGGCGUACGAACCGAGGAUGGCGAUUCCAUGACCAGCGACACCCUGUUCAUCAUAGCCUCAUGUUCAAAGGCCUUCACUGCAGCAGCAAUUGGCCUUCUGAUUGAGGAUUACGCGGCUGGGAGAAAUGUCACAUCGUUGCCGAACGGAGUUGACCGCUUGGACUGGGAUACGAAGUUGAAAGACAUAUUACCUGGAGAGUGGCAGCUCAUGGAUGGUUCGGCAAGCGAGAUGGCGGCCCUCAAAGACAUAUUGUCGCAUCAAACGGGCGUACCUAGACACGACUUGUCGUAUUCAAGAGAGGACGGCGCUAAGGACAUGGUCUCCCGGCUCCGGUAUCUACGUCCUGCGUUCGAGAUAAGAGAGCGCUGGCACUACAACAACAUCAUGUACAUGACAGCUCAACACAUCAUCACGACAUACGCAGGCUCGUUCACGGAUUAUGUCCGCGACCGUAUCUUCUUGCCUCUCAACAUGACGUCCACGACGUAUUCAGCAUCCAAGGCAUUCGAAGGCGGCAAGCCGACGCAGACCUGGGACGAGAACGGACGUCGCUUACCUUGGGCGUUCAAAGACAGUGAUAUUGACCUCAUCGCUGGUGCAGGCGGGAUCAUAUCAUCAGCACAGGACAUGUCGCGCUGGGUACAAAUGCUGCUCAAUGGUGGUGUAGAUCCCGUCUCCAACCGGAGGAUCCUGACGCCGGAUAUCAUUGAUGCUGGCUAUGGGAUGGGAUGGUUCCGAAGCUCAUAUCGCGGCCAUUCGCUAGUCAUGCAUGGCGGCUCCUUGCCGGGUAUGUCGGCGUUGGUGGCGCUGUCUCCCUACGAUGGAGUUGGCAUCGUAGCGCUGGCCAACGGAGACAACAAGCACGCCGCGCUGAACGAGGCUGCGCUCACGAUCCUGCACAAAGUCUGGGGUCAACAACCAGACCAUGCGACACAAUCACCAUUUGUGUACACUAGCAUAACAGGGGAUACAAACGGCCCACGACCUCCGCGCGCAGAUGUACUUGAGGACCUUCCGCCAUAUGACUUCACCGGAGUGUAUUUGAACGAAGGAUACGGCGCGUUCGUCUUGUGCGACUCGAGGAACACGUCGGGGCACUGUGCAAGUGUGCUCGACGACUUCGCUACCGUCUACGCUCCCGAAAAGCCAAGGACGUCAGAGCUGUACGCCGCUUGGCCUCGCUUUUCGACGUCGCAUAUGCGCGCGUCUUACGUCGGCGGCAUGCGCUUUGUUGUGCAGGCAUUACAGCUUUAUCCUGAGGGCUACGGCAAGAACACCACACCGUUCGCACUGGCCAGCGGUUCAGCUUUUGCGGACUUCGUUGUGCGAGAUGACGGCGAGGUGCUUGGGUUUGGCCUGUUUGGCCUAGUUGGAGAGAAGACGAACAGGGAGAAGAAGGGUGGGAACAUUGAAGAGACUGCAGAUGUGUGGUUCGAUAGGGCGACGUGGAAGCGUGUGCAGUGA